GCCAGGCCCCCAGGCCAGACAUAAGCCUGCCCUCCCCUCCUGCACUGGGAGCUCUGGAAGGACCAGCUCAACAAGCCCAAGGUCAGGCUGGGCCCCCAGGAGACCCAGAAGACAAGCGGGCAAGGUGGACAGGGGAAUACCGAGGAAGGGAAAGGAGUCCUGUGACCUCAGGAUCUGAAACUCAUUUCACGCAUCAAGCCCCAGGGCUCAGCUUCCGCCCUCGGCUCCCCACUUCUGCCAAGAGCCCUGAGCCAUUCACAGCACCACCAGAAAAUAGGCCUGUCUCAGGCAGGUCCUGUGCCUCUUAUGCCGAGAUGCUACUGCCGCUGCUGCUGCUGUCCUCACUGCUGGGCGGGCCCCAGGCUAUGGAUGGGAGCUUCUCAAUCCAAGUGCAGAGGUCGGUGACAGUGCCAGAGGGCCUGUGUGUCUCUGUGCCUUGCAACCUCUCCUACCCGCGAAGGGACUGGACAGAGUCUACCCCAGCUUAUGGCUACUGGUUCCGAGAAAGGGCUGAGACAAGCAAGGAUGCUCCUGUGGCCACAAACAACCCGAAUCGAGAGGUGGACAUGAGCACACGGGACCGAUUCCAGCUCACAGGGGACCCCGGCAGGGGGAGCUGCUCCUUGGUGAUCAGAGACGCACAGAUGCAGGACAUGGGAGUGUACUUGUUUCGGGUGGAGAGAGGAAGCUACGUGAAAUUCAACUUCUUGAACGCGUUCCAUCUAAACGUAAUAGCCCUGACUCAGAAGCCUGAUGUCUACAUCCCCGAGACCCUGGAGCCUGGGCGGCCAGUGACGGUCAUCUGUGUGUUUAACUGGGCCUUCGAGAACUGUCCACUCCCUUCUUUCUCCUGGACGGGGGCUGCCCUCUCCUCCAGAAGAACCAGACCAAGCAGCCCCCACUUCUCAGUGCUCAGCUUCACGCCCAGACCCCAGGACCACGACACCGACCUCACCUGCCAUGUGGACUUCUCCAGAACGGGUGUGAGCGCACAGAGGACCGUCCAACUCCGCGUGGCCUACGCCCCCAGAGACGUUGUUAUCAGCAUUUCCCGUGACAACACGCCAGCCCUGGAGCCCCAGCCCCAGGGAAAUGUCCCACACCUGGAAGCCCAGAAAGGCCAGUUCCUGAGGCUCCUCUGUGCUGCUGACAGCCAGCCCCCCGCCACGCUGAGCUGGGUGCUGCAGGACAGAGUCCUCUCCUGGUCCCACCCCUGGGGCCCCAGAACCCUGGGGCUGGAGCUUCCCCGGGUGAAGGCCGGGGAUUCAGGCCGCUACACCUGCCGAGCGGAGAACAGGCUUGGCUCCCAGCAGCGAGCCCUGGACCUCUCUGUGCAGUAUCCUCCAGAGAACCUGAGAGUGACGGUUUCCCAAGCAAACAGAACAGUCCUGGAAAACCUUGGAAACGGCACAUCCCUCCCGGUCCUGGAGGGCCAAAGCCUGCGCCUGGCCUGUGUCACCCACAGCAGUCCCCCAGCCAGGCUGAGCUGGACCCGGCGGGGACAGACCCUGAGCCCCUCCCCACCCUCAGACCCCUCGGUACUGGAGCUGCCUCGGGUUCAAAUGGAGCACGAAGGAGAGUUCACCUGCCACGCUCAGCACCCACUGGGCUCCCAGCACGUCUCUCUCAGCCUCUCCGUGCACUAUAAGAAGGGACUGGUCUCAAAGGAAUUCUUCAUCGGAGUGGUUCUGGGAGUCAUGAGCGUGGCUCUUCUCCUCUGCCUCUCCCAGAUCAUCAUGAAGAUUCCACUGAAGAAACAAACUCAGGCAGAGACCCUGAGGCCCGGGUUCUCUCGGCACAGCACCAUCCUGGAUUACAUCAACGUGGUCCCGAAGGCUGGCCCCCCGGCUCAGAAUCGGAAUGAGAAGGCCACAUCAAGCAGCCCUUCUCGGACACCUCCUCCACCAGGUGCUCCCUGCCCAGAAUCAAAGAAGAACCAGAAAAAGCCGUAUCUGUUGUUCAGCUGCCCAGAACCCAAAUCAUCCACUCAAGCACCAGAAUCCCAGGAGAGCCGAGAAGAGCUCCAUUAUGCCACGCUCAACUUUCCAGGCCUCAGACCCAGGCCUGAGACCCAGAUGCCCAAGGGCACCCAGGCGGAUUAUACAGAAGUCAAGUUCCAUUGAGGGUCUCUUGGGCUUUAGGACUGGGUCCCCAAGGCUAGGGAAGGAUAGGCUAGGGAAGAAGGUAAAGUAAUAAAGAAUUUGAAGACAACAGAGUGUAAAGUCUCCCUCCCUCUCUCUCUC